GUGGAUGGCGCGAGGCAAAGCGUCCCACUUUCGGACCCCGUACGAGGUGGCGACCACGCUGGCCGAGGACGAAGCGCUCAUCCUGCUCAAGCACCUGAACAGCAUCAAGAAGAAGGGCGCUCCGCUCUUCACGAGCGAGGACUCCAGCAUGGUACGCAAGAUGGUGUCGAAUGUACUCAAAUCCAUCGAUCCGACCAUGGCGUUGCCGUCAGUGCGCAAGGGUGCGAUCCGGUACUGCGCCAAGCUGGGCAUGACAAUGGAGGAGCUGCGACGCAUGACGGGCCACACCCAGGACUCGACGCUCAAUAUCUAUCUCGGACGUGGCCAGCAGACAAC